GUCAUGUUUCCUGCCCGGUCCGUUUCCCUGCGUGGUGUUUAAAUCACAGCUCAAAAGGCGAUGAGCUCACUGGAAGGACUGGUUUGACAGACGCACGGUGGCGGCCGUUGGUUAGCUUAGUUAGCCAAAGAACCGCGCUGUUAGCUUCCUCUCCGAGGUUAAACAAGCCGCAUAAGAUCAGUAACACCUGAAAUAUCUUCGGGACUCAUUAAUGUAAUGUAAGAGCUGAAAUGUUACGUAUCUCUGUUACUGGACGGAAUCAGGUUCUUCAACCAGGUGUAACACAAACAUACAUCCGCAGUGCAACAACACACUGUGGUUCCGCUUUUAGCACAACCUGUUGGGUGGUGGUGGGGAGUGGGGGUCCCUUCACCUGGAGCGAUUUUUUGAAAAUGUGGGGCCCCUAAAAACGUGAAGAGUAACUAAUGCAGUUUCUGGCAUGUUCCUGACCCCUUACCAGCUCCACCCUCCUGAAUCAUUUCCCCCAUUCAGGGCCCCCUGCCCCAAAUAAUUUCAGGUUGUAUAUCAAACAAUAAUCGGAGGUCUAAUAGCCUUGAGGGCUCAACUGUACAUUGAAGGUGCAUACCUUGUUGUGUUUUAUUAUAAAAAGAGAGUGCCAUAUUUAUGUUUUUUAGAACUAUACUUCAGCAGAUGUUUCAAUAACUUGGCUACCUGUGUGGCAUUUAAAAAAGCUCUCACUACUGUUUAACUCCAUUACCACGCCCAUGAGUGGAUUGGCAGAUGUCUGUGGUCCCUCCCCCCACAGACCUUAAUCCCUGAUAAUCUCUGCAUCUACUGAAAAGCCUGCGAUCAUGGCUGCACCGAAGGAGAAUUUACUGUCGCUUGGGAAUCUGACCGGCACAGAAAGAACUUUCACUUUCACAAAACAAAGAGAGCACAGCCUGAAAAAGAGCAGGGAGAUGCAUCUGCAGCAGCGCUGGCAGGAGCUGAGGGAGAGAGAGCUUACAGCCCAACAACACAACAGGCAGCUGCUGCAGCAGUUUGAAGAAGCGCAGGACACCCUGAGAGAGAUGUUGAGCCUUACUGCUGCCAUGAAAACUAUUCGGAUGGAGUAUGAACGGUACCUGGAUGAGAGCUCCCCCCGCUGGCAGAAGGAACUCAAGGAGAAAACACAGGCUGCUCAGAAGAGGAUGGAGGAGUAUUUGAGGUCAUGUCUAAAGAACACAGAAGAUAAACUGACAAAGUCCUCAGCAGAUCGACCUUUACUUUCACAAGGACCUACUUCAAAGCCACAAAAUGUUGCUCCCCCUCAAAAGCACUGCAGCCAAAACAGCCACUUAGACUACAACCAACAUGGCUCCCCACAUCUCCCUUACACGCAAUCUUCCUGGCAGACCAACCCUCAAUCCCAAGCAUCUAGGUUUCCCAUCAGAGCACCCCAUCAACUUCAGGGUUCCUCUCAUGUCCCUCCAUCUUUCCUCCCACCACCCAUCUUCACGGACCCAUUCCAGCUCCACCACCUCGCCUCUACUCCUGGUCAUCAUCACCCCUGGCCCAGGCAGAAUCCACCAGUUUGGUCUUCCUCACAGCCCCACUACCCCUGGACUGCUGGUGCAGCUGGAAUUCCUUCAGGCUCUGAGGCUCUGUGGGGUCAGCUCUACACAGAGGAGCCUCCUACUGAGACUGGGGUGGUGCAGACUGCGGAGGAGGAGGCUGAGACAAGCAGAGCACCAAGCUCAAAGAGAGAGAGAGGUGGUGGAAGCAGGAGCAGUCAUUUAUCCCAGGAGCUGGACAUCAAACCAGUUCGUCUAUCCAGCGGCCAUGCAGAGAGCGGCGAGAGCAGCAUGGAGUGCAGUCAGGCGAGCACAGAUAAGAGGAAGAGGAGGGAGAAGAGAGGAAUAGCACGGCGUACCUCCUCAGACAGAGAAAGAUGCAGCUCUCAGGAAUCAUCUAGGAUAUCCAGCGCCGUUGUCACUGCUGCAGUCACAGUGGCCCAAAGCUCAGAAAGUGAGGCCUCAUCAGAGAAAGGCAGGACGAGCACCAGGAGGACAAGGAGGAGUGGGGGACUUUCUGUUGGAUCACCAGGGGAUGAGAAGGAGACAAAAGGAAGGACCAGGAGCAAUGGAGAUGACUCAGGGAGUCACAAAGAAGAGACUCAGUCUGGUGAGGAGCUGGGGAGUCCAACUGAGGAAUCCAGGGGUGGAAAAGCAGGGGAUCAAAGUUCUGAUGUCAAAUCUGAGCGGUGUAAUGAGGAGUCAGGCGCCCAGAGGGAGGAGGAGGAAUCAGGAAGUGUAAGUUUAGAGAUUGAAAAUGAAGGUGGAGAUGAAAUAGAAAAGCAGGAGAGGAGCAGUGUAGGAGAUGAGGAUGAGGAGGAGCGUGAGAAAGAUCUGGGAGACGGUGAAGGAGAUGACAGUGAAGAAAAAGCGAACAAUCAGACAGAUGACGAGCAAGAGGAGAGAGAUGUGGAAGAUGACGAUGAGGCUUCUGAAAAAAAGAAUACAACAGAGGAAGAAGAGGAGACAGGAGCAGAGGAAGAGAUGGAGGAGUCAGAGAGGCUGAAGAGUGACGGCGGUGAGAAAGGGAAACAGGGUCCCGCAUCUUCCCAGGAUGAAGAGGUGGGCGAGGACGCGAGCGAAGGAGGCGAGGAAAAAACUGAGGAGGAGGGGGAGUCCUAUGAAGAGGAGGAAGGAGGGGAGGGGGAGGAAGAGGAGCAGAGAAGAGACGAAGCAGGAGAACCAGAGGAGGGAGGAGAUUCAGAGGACAGCAUCAUCUCACCACAGGACAAAUCUAAAAUGAUGCACAUUAUUCCUGAGGCGGCAAGCGAAGAUGAGGAAGAUGAUGAGGAAGAGGGGAGUAAAACAGGAUCCUCUGACAGUGACUCAAAUGAGAUCAGCGAUGAGGAUGAUGUUGAGCAUCUACUAGCACCUCAACAAAAAUCACAGAAAAAAGAAGCAAAGGACCUGAGAGCUCACGAGAAACCUAAAGCUUUUUGUGACAAGGUGGAGAUUUUCCAAGUGGAGUUGGACAAAUCAACGAAGACUGAUAACCCAAGUGACUCUGAUGAGUUUGACCAUUUUUAUGACUAAAUGUGUUGGUCUAAACUGCCUACACCUUCAGAAUAAAAGUACAAAUCCCUACCUUAGUCACUUAGAAUCAGGUAUUAGAGUAUUAUAUUAAAAAAAAGGAGUUGAAACUGUUGAUGGUAAUGCUGAUUGUUUGGUUUUCUGGCAGUUGAUUUGAGAAUGAUGGGUUGAGUAAUUUCCAUGCAAAAAUAAAGCAUAGCUCACCUGAAACUCCACCACAUUAAAUAAAUAUUAAACAA